UGCCUGGACUCCACACAGUCUAUCCUCCUGUUGCUGCUAUUGGCCCAGCUGCUUGUCCUUUCAUGGUCACGCCCCACCAUCAAGUGCCCCCUCUGUGCCCAUCUGACAAUGAUGGUCCAGCAAAUGAGAAGCCUGCAGAUGCUGACAAGUAAUCUACAGGUGAGUGAGUUGACCAUAGUUUAGUAGGCACAGCACAGUUAUUGCUAGUCAACAUACUCUCAAUCUGUGACCAUCCAAUAUAACUCUUAUCUAUGUCCUCUUAAUUUAGAGUGAAAGGGAUUUCAGCGGUAUAGAGCUUAUGGAGUACAACCUAGACUCUCUUCCAGAGAUGGAGCACACCGCAAAUCACCUCAGUUCACUAAAGGUAUGUAUCAGUCUUCUCAAGUCCAGUCCUUAUUGCAUGCUUUUAUCUGUCUCUCUCUAAAUAACUACAGUGCCUUCAGAAAGUAUUCACAUCCCUUGACGUUUUCCACAUUUUGUUGUGUUACUAAGUGGGAUUAAAAUGGAUUUAAUUGUCAUUUUUUUGUCAAUGAUCGACACAAAAUACUCUGCAAUGUCUAAGUGGAAGAUUUUUAUAUUUUAUUUUUUAUCGAAAAUAAAACACUAAUAUAUUUUGAUUAGAUAAGUAUUCAACCCCCUGAGUCCCCCUGUUAGAAUCACCUUUGGCAGCGAUUACAGCUGUGAGUCUUUCUGGUUAAGUCUCUAAGAGCUAUGCAAACCUGGAUUGUACCAUAUUUGCCCAUUAUUCUUAAAAGAAUUAUUCAAGCUCUGUCAAGUUGGUUAAUGAUCAUUGCUAGACAGCCAUUUUCAAGUCUUGCCAUAGAUUUUCAAGCCAAUUUAAGUCAAAACGGUAACUAGGCCACUCAGGAACAUUCAAUGUUGUCUUGGUAAGCAACUCCAGUAUAUAUUUGGCCUUGCCUUUCAAGUUGUUGGACUGCUGAAAGGUGAAUUUGUCUCCCAGUGUCUGUUGGAAAGCAGACUGAACCAGGUUUUCCUCUAGGACUUUGCCUGGGCUUAGCUCUAUUCCUUUUCUUUUUAUCCUAAAAAACUCCCUAGUCCUUGCUGAUGACAAGCAUACCCAUAACACGAUGCAGCCUCCACCAUUAUUGAAAAUAUGAAGAGUGGUACUCAGUAAUGUGUUGUGUUGGAUUUGCUCCAAACACAAUGCUUUGUAUUCAGGACAAAAAAGUUAAUUUCUUUGCCACAUUUUUUGCAGUAUUACUUUAGUGCCUUGUUGCAAACAGGAUGCAUGUUCUGGAAUAUUUGUAUUCCUUACAGACUUCCUUCUUUUCACUCAGUCAUUUAGGUUAGUAUUGUGGAGUAACUACAAUGUUGUUGAUCCAUCCUCAGUUUUCUGCUAUAACAGCCAUUUAACUCUGGAACUGGUUUAGAAUGGGAAGAAAUUAAGAAAAUGUACGCACUCACUACUGUAAAUCGCUCUGCAUAAGAGCGUCUGCUAAAUGACUAAAAUGUAAAUGUAAAAUGUUUAAAAUCACCAUUGGACUCAUGGUGAAAUCCCUGAGCGGUUUCCUUCCUCUACGUUAACUGAGUAAGGAAAGACGGCUGUAUCUUUGUAGAGACUGGGUGUAUUGAUACACCAUCCAAAGUGUAAUUAAUAACUUCACCAUGCUCAAAGGGAUAUUCAAUGUAUGCUUUUUUUUUGCCAAUAGGUGUCCUUAUUUGCGAGGCAUUGUAAAACCUCCCAGGUCUUUGUCAUUGAAUCUGUGCUUGAGAUUCACUGCUCGACUGAGAGACCUUACAGAUAAUUGUAUGUGUGGGGUACAGAGAUGGGGUAGUCAUUAACAAAUCAUGUUAAACACCAUUAUUGCACAUUGAGUUAGCCCAUACAACUUAUUAUCUGACUUGCUAAGAACAUUUUUACUGCUGAAGUUAUUUAGACUAGCCAUAACACAGGGGUUUAAUACCAAUGUCUCAAGACAUUUCAGCUUUUAAUUUUGAAUUAAUUUCAAAACAUUUCCUUUACCGCAAUUGUAAAUGUCCCUCAGUCAAGUAUUGAAUUUCAAGCACAGAUUCAACUGCAAAGACCAGGGAGCUUUUCGAAAGCCUCAUAAAGAAGGGCAGUGAUUGGUAGAUGGGUAACAAUAACAAAUCAGACAUUAUGCAGUUUUCCUUCUGAACUGAGCUGCAGGACAGGAAGGAAACUGCUUAGGGAUGUCACCAUGAUUCCAUUGAUCAACAACAUUUUAGUGACUCCACAAUAAUGACGUAAAUGACAUAGUGAAAAUAUCAUAGAAAAUAACAUGCAUCUUGUAUGCAACAAAGCACUAAAUUAUUACUGCAAAAAAACACGGUAAAAGAGUAAACUUUUUGGCCUAAAUUAAAAGCAUUAUGUUUGGGGCAAAUCCAACACAAAUCACUGAGUAACUGCCUCCUUAUUUUCAAGCAUGGUGGUGGCUGCAUCAUGGUAUGGGUAUGCUUGACAUCGACAAAGACUGGGGAGUUUUUCAGGAUGAAAAGAAACGGGAAUUUGAAAAGAAUAAUGGGCAAAUAUUGCACAAUACAGGUGUGCAAAGCUCUUAUGAGACUUGCCCAAGAAGAAUCACAGCUGUAAUCUAUGUCAAAGGUGUUUCUAACAUGUUGAAUACUUGUGCAACAACUAUAUUCAGUUAUUUAAUUUGUAUUCAUCUUUGUUUUUUAGUUAUAAUUUUUCUUCCAUUUUGACAUUAUAUAGUAUUUCGUGUAGGUUGUUGACAACAAAUGACAAUUACAUACUUUUUAAUCCCACUUUGUGAGACAACAAAAUGUGAAGAAAUCCAAGGUGUCUGAAUACUUUUGCAAGGAGCAGUAUACAGUACCAGUUAUCUGAAAGUGACAUAAAGUUCUAUAAAUGUAGUGACUUAAAGCAACAUAAAUGUAUUCCAUAAUUCAUCACUGCUCAGUUUAUUUAAUAUAUUGUGAGGAAUGCUUCAGGGGUGCUUUAUAAAUUCACCAGGAACAAUUUUCAGAAGAUUUUUUGACGUUGUACUAAAUAUGCGUUUAAAACACAGUGUCAAGUCCCCAGUCUUUGGAAUUCACAACUUGUCGCCCUCUCUUCCCUUUUCCAGCUAAAGAACUCCCUCUCACAACUUUACACCGAUCUCUGCUCCUUUAAACUGCACGUUGACUGGCUGAUUGAUGUCCGAGUCAAUAUGAGCCUGCCAGUCUCUCCCAAGACAGUAGAGGUCACUAAAGGCCUGCAUAAUCUCUCAAGCCUCUGUUCGACUGCACUAAAGCAGGUAGGUAGCGCAAUAUACUCUGGGUACAGUUCUAGGAUCCACUUACGCGCUCAAAUUCCUAACCUUAUCCAUAAGUGAGGGAAAAUGUAACCAACCUUAGGUCAGAGUAUAUGGGCAAUGUCAUUGUACUCCACUCAGAUCAAUGUGAUACAAAGCUGAAGUGGUACAAAAAGAGCUGACUAAUGUCAAUGGUAGAAAGCUUAAUGUACCCAAGCAUUUUAGCUUAGUCACUGUGUGGAAAGAACAUCUAUAUAAUAUAACAAAUAUGGAAAAGCUGUUUGGAUUUUGAUAAUUCACUGUGGUAUGUUCAGAUGUUAUAUUUGACAGUAACAUAAGAUUCUUAGUUCGCAACAUUCUAACUUUUCCCACACCCUUUCUUCCCCCAUUAUAGAUUGCAUGCACACUACCCCAGAUUUCCAUUCCCUCCUUCCCAACACAACUCACAACCUGGGAUGUGGCUCUCCUCUCCUACAAGAUUCCUGAACAGUUAAGAUUCUACUGUCAAUGGUCUACCAGAGUGCUGCUCUUCCUUAGGUCACAGGUUCAGGGCCUU